AUGGACAGGACAGCGGACAUCACCGGCUCUGUCGCCGUCACCGCCGAAGACCAGACCGAUCCAUGGCUGAGACAAUUGAUGGCCAACACACGCAACGAAGAGUACGUCCGACUCAACUACAAGACAAUUGUUGAGUCAUUGGUGGUGAGACUGUUGGCCAUCGAUGACCAGUUGGUCGGACAUUAUCGACACUAUCACCAGCUGUUGAACCAAUUGAUGACAACAUUGGACUACAAUCGACGCCAUCCGUCGCCGCAGCGAAGUCUGUGUUUUGUCGAUACAGUGGACCGCCUGUUGGCGUCCGCUGUGUUUGUCACCGCCGCGGAUCAGCUACUGAUCACUGACGCCCUCAACGGCCAGAAUCUGUUGAUAAAAGCGGUGAAAUGUCUGCUGAAAGACAGCCUCAGCGACCACUAUAACAACGAAGCGAUUCUUCGCGUAUUGGAUCGACUCGUGAAGAGUUUAGACACGUGUCGGGAGUGUUUGGCAAAGACUGAGUCAAACAGUCAUCAGGGAAUUGUCAUCAAUCACUUGAUCCUGAAUACGAUUCGCUGUCUAUACAUACUGUUGAAUCGGUUCAAGUUUAACGUACUGUCACUGGAUUUGAAUCAAUUCUGUGGCCAACUCUUGGGUCAACUCAAGUGCUUCUCCUUUUACGGCAUCGCCGGCUAUGACGUGUCGAAAGUGAGACAAUCGGCUCUCUUUCCCUCACCUUUCGCUCAAUUUAACGAUCUGAUGGACAACGGAUCCAAUGAGAGGACCGGUUCUGUGAAUAAGAAGAACAGACAUAAGAAAAAGACAAAGAAUGCCAUCAAAAGCGAAGACUUGGACGACGAUAACGACGAGACGAUUACUCUGCACUCGGAGUCGGCCUCAGCGGUCAAAGUGAUGACAUCUGAUUCCGAGUUCUCGUCGUCCGAUUACGAGUCGGCAGUUCACGACUUUGACGGCCAACGGAUCCAACGCUCGGCGGCCAUUAAAAUACGGCUUAUAUCGUACGAAAGCCUAUCGACGGCUGUCAACCUCUUUGACAAAAGGGUGAUAUUUGGCUUCUGGUCGGCGUUCAUACACCUAUCGACGGCUGUCAACCUCUUUGACAAAAGGGUGAUAUUUGGCUUCUGGUCGGCGUUCAUACAGUCGUCGACUCCCGGUUCGCUCCUGUGGUCAAUACCGCGCGAACAGUCGUUUCGAGUCAGGCUAUCGGCGCUCAACUUCUUGCACAAACUGCUGAUGACUGGCAAUCCAUACGUAACCACUUUGGCCGCCGACGACAGCGGCACUAAAGCCAAACCCUUGUCGUUCACCUCAUUGUCACAAUCGUUGGCCCAUAUCGUGGCCGAAGUGCACACCGGACUCAACGCCAUACUCUUCGCCGAAACCAAUUCGGCUGUUUUGGUUCAGGCGUUCAAAUGUCUGUCACUAUUGGUCACAAUCAGUCCGUAUAAGAAACUCAAGAAUGGAUUACUGGUGACGCUUUGCGACAAAUCCCUACCACUCAUGUGUCACAAAGACAUUCAAAUCCAAAACUCGUGUCUGGCGUUGGCGGUGAAGGUCUUCGAGUUGGACCCGUUUCCCGAUGAGAUGCGUGAGUGGAUUGUGGCCACCGAUGCGGGCGUGAAGACAAUGAACAAAGUAUUGAAAUUUUCGUGCGAUUCGAUACUCAGCUCCCAAUCGAUACUACUUUGCGGCGAAUCCUUACGACUGUUGACCACAAUUAUGAAACAGAAGCCGAUUGUCGACUCAUUUCUGGACCGCCAAGAGAUCCAUUUGAGUGACCAGUUGUUGAUGAAUAUAGCGCUCGAGUGUCUGGAGAUGGAUGUGUUUGUCACGAAUCUCGUCAAUCAGAGUCUGUUUUGUAAAUUCCUGUUUGUUUUGGGAACUAAUCUGAAGAGAAGAGACUCACCGGAGACACAGAACCAGCAGAAGAGUUGGUGGGUAUGUGUCCUGAAGUCUCGUUUAGUGGAUUUGGGUCUGAAAUGCUCGGACCCGUCGAUACCGCAGUCGACCCAAUGUGUGAUCAUUGACUUUGUGUCCACAAUCAGUGCCCAAGUGUUUGAUUUGUUUGAUCCGAAACUCAAGUUUCAUUUGAUAUCAAUACUGAUAUCAAUCGUGCGAAACGUGGACAACACCAGCACUGAAGACCUGAACGCCCAGUCGGCUGCCAUCCGAUGUCUGGGUGUCUACCAGUUGUUCCCAUCGAUGACCGAAGACAUCAACUACUUGUCAGACGUGGCGACGCUUGCGAUCGAGAUAUUAGACAUCUUUCGCGAGGGGUAUCACCAGAAAAAGUUGUCUCAUCUGUUGCUGUAUCAAACGUCGUGGACAUUAGCCAACUUCUGCGACAUCGUCAAGAAGUUCUACCUCCGGAACAGCUCCGAGAUUACCGUCGAGUUUAUGGUGAAACUCAUUGAAUGCAAUGUAAACUGUUUUGAUUUGCAUUUCGCAAACGCCAUGCAAUCGGAGAACAUUAAGACUAAUUUUGUCCGUUCGUUGGGAUCCGCUCUGUAUGUGGUACUGAUUCGGGAACAAACCUGUGAUCAUCGGCGGCAGACAUCGCUCGAGAGUGACCACAGAUUUCGACCACUGUUUACCGAAUUGAUCGGUAAAUUUGUGAUUACUUUGAACGCGUCCAAGAAUUUCAAACUCCAGUGGAAUAUCUGCAUAGCGUUCGGCUAUUUGCUAGAACUGGAUCUGUUUCUCCAGUUCUGCAGAUCCGAUACACAAUUGCCGAGAGUUAGUACCGGUUUUGGUGAUAAUCAGACCGUCGAUGGCUGUAAUUAUCAACUGAUUGACAGUAUUUUGGAUACUUUGGUGAAUGUGAUGCAAACCACGCGUAACCAUAAGGUCCAAUCAUACGCCGUGUCGGCCAUCUGUGCCGUGAAUACAAGUUAUCUAAACGAUAAUCAACUGAUUUGGUUGUGGACUUUGAUCGCCAACUUUAUGGUCAAUCACUUGUCGUCGGUUCCCGUGAAUAUCAGAGACAAUUGACUUUAA